CGCCGUUGUCUUCUCUCUCACCAACUUCACCGGCGGCUUAGGGUUUCGAUGCGUAACGGGAAGAAGAGAGCUCGCUCAGAACCUGGAACCACAAAGCAACCGCGAAACAAAUACUCCGAUAACCCACCCGAUUUUGCCUCGUUAGCGUCUCUUUACCCUUCUUUCAAGCCCUUUGUUUUCUUCUCCGGUGGUCGAGCUCGCAUCGACUGGACCGAUUACAACGCAACCAGAGAGCUCACUCGUAUCCUCCUCCUACAUGACCAUGGCGUCAACUGGUGGAUUCCUGAUGGACAGCUUUGCCCAACUGUUCCUAAUAGAUCGAAUUACAUUCAUUGGAUCAAUGAUCUUUUGUCCUCUGAGGUCAUUCAAAGUUUGGGUGGUGAUGGAAGCAAAGUAAAGGGCUUUGACAUUGGCACAGGGGCCAAUUGCAUUUAUCCUCUCCUUGGUGCAUCUCUUUUUGGCUGGAGUUUUGUUGGCUCAGAUUUUACUGAUGUUGCUCUAGAAUGGGCUGAGAAGAAUGUCAAAAGUAAUCCCCAUAUUUCAGACCUUAUCGAGAUCAGAGACUCUAAAGUUCUUCCACAGAGUUCUUCUGUCCCCGAGGUUGAAAAUUGCGAGAGUGAGUUAACCAUACAGGAGGAAGCCGAAAUUUCCCCCACGGUUCAGUCUGAUUAUCUUGUAGAUGGCAACAAGAGCUAUACUGAACCAGCUGUAUUACUCGGUGUUGUCAAGGAAAAUGAAACGUUCGACUUCUGUAUGUCCAAUCCUCCAUUUUUUGAGACCUUCGAAGAAUCAGGACUUAAUCCUAAAACUUCAUGCGGUGGAACUCCUGAGGAGAUGGUUUGCAAUGGUGGGGAGCAAGCUUUUGUGUCUCGUAUUAUCGAAGAUAGCACUGUACUGAGGCAAAGAUUCAGGUGGUACACUUCAAUGCUUGGGAAGAAGGCUAACCUCAAACUCUUGAUAUCUAAGCUUUGGGAAGUAGGUGUAACCAUUGUGAAGACCACUGAAUUUGUCCAAGGUCAAACAUCCCGGUGGGGCCUCGCCUGGUCCUUCAUGCCCACAGCUAGGAAGAUUAUAGCACCUCCUGUAGUCAAGAAGAGUGUUCUUUCUUUUAUGCUUGAGGGGAUUAAACGGCAGUACAGUGCUGUAGAUGUGCUGCAAUCAGUUGAAGAAUUCUUCAAGAGCUGUGGCGCCUCGUGCAAAUUAAACUCUUCUACAUUUUCUGUUGACAUUGUUGCAUCUGAUGACCAGUGCAACUCAAUCUCAAAGAAUGGCAUUACAGAUGUAGAUAAUGUAAGAAGCCACGGAUAUGACAAACAGUCACUGGAUGGAUCCAGUUUGCAAGUCUCUGAAGAUAACCUAUCUUUCCGCAUUUUGGUGUUCCAACAGAUGCCAGGAACGUUGCUUAUAAAAGGAUCAUUGCAGCAGAAAGAUAGUCCCCUCUCAGGGUUGUUCUCAGUGGUCUUCGGUUCGUUGGAAGAAAGUUUGAAGACCAAAUUUUAUAUGAAUCAUGGUGAAGAUGAAUACUUUCUCCAUCACCUCCCAAUCCUCUCUAACACACCCUUACAACCUUCAAAAUCCUUGCCUUCUGAUGAUUUGCGCAACUUUCGUCUGCUCCUCAAGUGGUGCGCUCUGGAUCACUCCUCCUCUUCUGGUAAAGCUGUGUCCUAUAUGAUGUUUGUAGUCUUCACCUUACUAGUCCCUAUCAUAAGUUGUCUGUCCAUCAAAACUCCUAGAACCCGGCCUUCAUCAGUUAUGGACGCCAACUCUUUCAAUGUGCUCGUCCAAUUUCCAGAGUCUGGACUUGCCGUCAUUGGUUUCUUGACUCUAAUAUGUUUCUUCAGAAUAUAUAGUCUCACACAGCUUCUGUUUCUUGAUGAUUCUACCUUGGUGAGGCUUGGAUAUUCGCGCGAACUUGACAAGGCCUUACGUUACCUAGCCUACAUACUUGUACCUUCUUUCCUUGUGGAACUUGUGCAUAAGAGCAUAUUUUUCUCCUCCGCCGAAGUAUCAUUUCCUUUCAUAAAGUCAUCUUGUGCUGCAUUGAACUUUGUGAUGUUCUUCCUCGUCUUAUUUUCAUGGGUUUACCGGACAGGAGUGUUCUUGCUAGUUUGUAUCCUGUUCCGGUUGACCUGUGAGCUGCAGAUACUGAGGUUCCGAGGGCUUCACAAGCUGUUCGAUAGAUGUGGAUCAGACACCAUAGAAGAUGUAUGCAAGGAACAUGUGAGAAUCAAGAAACAACUGUCGGCUACAAGCCACAGGUACAGGUUUUUCAUCAUCGCGGCCUUUGUUGUGAUUAGUACCAGUCAGUUUGUGGCCUUAUUGUUGGUUCUUGCAUCAAAGUCUGACAGGAGUUUCCUCAGCUCUGGUGAUUUGGUGGUAUGUUCUGCAGUACAGUUAAGCGGAUUCUUCUUGUGCGUGUUGGGUGCUGCAAGAAUCACACACAGAGCUCAAGGAGUAGUCUGUAUUGCUACAAGGUGGCACAUGGCUUUGACAUGCGCUUCUGAAGCUGUAUCACCCGAGAGUGAUACUGACUCAUCCGACAACAUAUACAUUAAUGUGUCACCGUCACUGGAUCUAUCUUCCUUCUUCCAGGCUAGGCAAGCUCUAGUGGAAUACCUGCGACAUAACAACAAGGGGAUUACGCUCUAUGGAUAUGCACUCGAUAGGGGAUUGCUUCAUACGCUCUUUGCAUUUGAGUUCUCUCUGGUGAUGUGGAUCCUGAGCAAGGUCGUGGUUCUAUCUUAGAACUCACUAAGGUAUCUAUGAGACAACAAAAGACGCUGCGAAAGCUUCAUUUAAAUCUUCUCUUGAAGCCUGACUUUCCUUAAGAUGUAUGCAAGAGAGACUUCAACUGGAUCGUGAAUCUACUCAGGAAGUAAAAGCUCUGAUUGAUGCACAACACUUGGUCACCGGUGUUUGACCAAAAUAAAAAUUGAUCACUGGU